CAACGUUUGGAUUUCAGUUCGAAGCCUCGGUAAAAUUAUCACCCCACAGCAUGGCGUUACGAACUCAAACUUUGUUACUCAAAUUCGGGAGAUUUUUUCAGCAGGAAACUACCAGGCUGAUAUCAGCCUCGUCGUGGCACAACAACAAAUAGUGCUACGUAUUUCUCAAAUUGGUUGCUCACUUUUCCUGAAGAUGGCGCGCAGCUCGGCUUCGAAUGCGAUCUAUAGAUCCGUCGGUAACGACGAUUCCGUUUUCGUCGUGGUUCUCAGACGAGCUUCAUUUUGAAGGAAUGUCGCGUCCUUCGAUUGGCAGGAUCCUUUCGAUCUGGAGUCGCAGUUGACCCAAGAGGAGAUAAUGGUUCGUGAUCAGUUUCGAGCGUAUUGUCAAGAAAAGCUUUUGCCAGGGGUUACCGAGGCCUACAGAAACGAGCAUUUUGAUAAGGCAAUAAUGAAAGAAUUUGGAAAACUUGGAGUUCUUGGGAGCACCGUAAAGGGUUACGGUUCGGCUGAAAUUUCAUCGGUUGCCUACGGGCUUUUGACCCGCGAAGUGGAGUCGGUCGACAGUGGUUAUCGGUCUGCAUUUUCCGUGCAGUCCCUCGCUACAACGGCUAUCGAGUCUUGGGGAUCGUCCGAGCAAAAGGAAAGAUUUUUACCGGAGCUCAUUAAAGGUGAUUUGAUCGGCUGUUUCGGACUGACGGAACCGAAUCAUGGCAGCGAUCCUGGAUCUAUGGUGACCCGAGCAGUUUACGACGCGGAUAAAAAAGUCUACAAACUUCGAGGCAGCAAAACAUGGAUCACGAAUUCUCCGGUUGCCGACGUCGCUGUGGUCUGGGCUAAAUGCGAGGACGAUAAAAUCCGAGGUUUCAUCGUCGAGAGAAAGGGCAAUGAAGAACGUCUCCAAACACCUAAAAUUCAGGGAAAAUUGUCUCUGAGAGCAUCGACCACGGGGAUGAUUUUGAUGGACGACGUUGUCGUUCCAGCUGAAAAUCUUCUGCCCAAUGUGACCGGUCUCAGGGGUCCUUUUACAUGUUUGAAUGGAGCACGUUACGGAAUCGCCUGGGGUGCUUUGGGGGCUGCCGAAACUUGUAUGAAAUUGGCGGUUCAGUACACUCUCGAUAGAAAACAAUUUGACAGGCCAUUGGCAGCGAAUCAAUUGAUACAGAAAAAGUUCGCUGACAUGAUGAUGGAAAUAGCCACGGGUUUGCAGGCUUGUCUUCGUGUGGGAAGGCUGAAGGACGAGGGAAGAGCAACACCAGAAAUGAUUUCCCUCAUCAAAAGAAACUCGGCAUCGAAGGCCCUGAAUAUCGCCCGAGUGGCGCGGGACAUUCUCGGAGCGAAUGGAAUUUCCGACGAGUAUCACGUAAUGAGACACUCAACGAAUUUGGAAUCCGUGAUAACUUACGAGGGUACGGACGACGUGCACGCCUUGAUACUCGGCAGAUCGAUCACCGGAAUCCCAGCGUACACGAAUUGAGCUUUCAAAAUGACAGAUUCGAGAGAUAAAAAAGCUCGCGGAAUGCUGUGUAUAAAAAGGUCCGUUCAACUACAGAGCCGAUGCCAAAAAAAUCUUCCCAAAAUUCCGAAAGAAAAAAGCAUUCAAUUUCUCAAUACGACUGUCAUUAUUUUCCCACCCAACUUUCGAUAGCAACGAAAUUAAAAAUCCGCAUCACAACGCGACUCAAUAAAAUUAAAUAAUAACGUUUCGAGAAAGAGAUUAAAAGAACAUUUACAAAGGGCCCAAAACACAAAAUUUUUACGACGAAUCAUAAAUAAAUUAAGUUUUAAUUGCUAAGUAAUAAAACGUUAAUUACAUGUUCUCAAUAAUUAA